CCUGUAUACCGUGAUGGCGUCGAACUGAUGAACUUAAAUUAUACAUUUAAUUAUGUAGAAUGUGUUUGUUUGUGAUAAAGGUAGGUUUUAGGUUGGAGGAACAGUUUCGUUCGUUAGUGCGUUACAAGAAUAAGUGCAAGAAGUCAGCUAAGUCGAAGGCACCUUUUCGGGUUGCCGGCAAAAUGGUAGAAGAAAUAGCUGCAUCCCUCCCUGAUUCUGCUCUUGAAGUUAUUUUCUCUUAUUUAGAUCUUCACGACCUUCGAAACUGUUCUUUAGUGUGCAAAAAGUGGUAUAGUUUUUUAAAUGAUGAAAAUAAUGAUGUUUGGAGACUUCACUGUAUUAGAAAAUUAGCAGAAGAAGCUCUUAAAUCAGACCUUCUUUCAUCAGUCCCCACAUACAAAGCCAAGCUAAGAGCGUUUUACCAUGCUUGGAAUCCUAAUGACUGUAGUAGAAAUGUAUAUAUUAAACCCAAUGGGUUUACCCUUCAUAGAAAUCCUGUGGCACAAAGUACUGAUGCUUCUAGAGGUAAAAUAGGUUUUAGGCAUGGCAGGCAUGCUUGGGAAGUUAUAUGGGAAGGACCUCUUGGGACUGUGGCAGUGAUUGGUAUUGCAACUAAAGAAGCACCUUUACAAUGUCAUGGUUAUGUGGCUUUAUUAGGUUCUGAUGAUCAAAGUUGGGGAUGGAAUCUAGUGGACAAUCAUUUACUUCACAACGGUGAUUCUCAAGGGAAUUAUCCUUUACUAAACAAUGCACCAAAAUAUCAGGUGGCGAUUAUUUCCAGCUCGACUUUUAUCGAGUACUUCCAUUUUGCUUCUGGGAAAAUGGCCGUGUUCCUCUGGUCUGAAGCCGGCACUGCUUACCAUGGAACUGUACAAAAAAAAAAAAAGAAAACAGUGUUAAGUGGGAUCUUAAUAUUGAACGGCCUUCAAAAUAAUCAAAAUCUGGCAAAUGCAAAACGAGCUGGAAAAAAAAAGCUACAAGACCACCGAAUUCCAGAUAGUGAGAGACAGAAUUGAUUUCAUUGGUUGGAAAAUUUAUAACAAGACAAAAAAAGAAUUCUAGUUUCAUUGUAAGUGGAUCCUUUAAACCAAUGAAUCUUUAAAAUUGCAAGAAGCUCAGAUAUGAAGUGAUCUACACACCAGCAGAUUAGCUAGAACUUAUCAAGAAUUUGUGAAUCAAACCAUCAACAUAUGAAGUUCAGUACAUUGAUAAUGAAACUUCCAUGGACUAGUCUGAGCUUCCCCCACAAGGAGGAAUACAAAUUUAAUGACCCGUGUGAUCAAAUCGCUUUCCACUUGCUUUCCAGUCAAAUAUUUUAUAAAUUUUCAGUUAAAGUAUCGUUUUUGUACAUUUUGGAAACCGACUUUAUUCCUGUCAUGAUUUGAUCAUUAUUAACAAGGUCAUGGGUGUUGCUAUAGUAAAUUUGAUUGCCUUUACCUAAGUAAUACCUGUUUUCCAAAGUAAGUAAAAAGCGGUAGGUUUGAAGUAAAUUCCUGUAAGUUAAGAAAAUUGCUCUAAAAGACUAUUUGGCAGAAAUUCAAUACAAAAAUUUACAUAGAGAUUUCAUCUUUGUCUUAGGCCUGUAAAAUUAACCAAAAUUAUAAUGUUCAUAGAACAAACAUAAUGUAGUUUUUUUCGUCUCCUGAAAAAAAUUAGUUUUGUUUUUACAGGUUUUAGCAGUGUGGCUGUCGAUAUAACCUCUUCCUCUAUCAUUCAUAUGAGCUUAAAAAUGACAUGCAAGAAGUAUCUCAUGGCAACACAACCAUGGUGGCUUCAUGCGAUGGAUAGGCUGUGGUCAUGUGUUAUCUUAAAAGCUUAAGAUUGUCGAUCUUUUAACCCAGUACAAUCUAAAGGAGCUUUACUGGGUCUUAAUAUCUUCAUUGAAAAUUAAAACCCGAUUUGUCUCAUCUCAAUUUAGUGACUGACCCAGCUUUGAGCUUGAUCAAAUUUUUAUAUCAACUUCAUUAAUUGUUUUUACACAAAAAUGGGAAUUGAAAAUGCCAUUUCCUAUUUGAUUUAAAAUUGAAAUAGUCAAAAAGGAAUGUAAUAGUUCCCAUAACAAUAACAAAACACUUUAAUUUUACAACAGAUGUAUGAAAUAGACAAAAAUUAAUGAAAUAUAUAUAUAUAUAUAUAUAUAUAUAUAUAUAUAUAUAUAUAUAUAUUAAAUAGAUGAAAAUAAAUGUAAUAAUAACAAAACAAUUUGAUUUAAAAUUGAAAUAGUCAAAAAGGAAUGUAAUAAUUUCCACAACAAUAACAAAACACUUUAAUUUUACAACAGAUAUAUGAAAUAGACAAAAAUAAAUGAAAUAAUAAAAAAACACUUAAAUAACAUAUGUGCAUAUAAAAGAAACAAUAUGAACACUAUAAACACCAUAUAUCUUUGUAUGGAAAUGAUUAUAGUUAGCUUCAUUCAGUUGUUGGGUGUUGUAUCCUUUCCAACAGUCAGAAUAAAUGGUGCUUCCCUCUUGUGUAUUGUUUUUAAUACCUUCUAAUAAAGUUGUUGCCUUUCUGUCAUUUAUUUUGACGAUAAAACACUCGUCUGUUUCUCGGCAAGCUCCGCCAAACAUCCAUUGCUCAUGUAAAACUCUCCCUACAUGAUUUUUCAUUUUAGAAAAAAGUCUUUCGUUUACUUCAACAACCUUGCCAGGCCCUCCAAUUUCUUUACUUGACCUGUAUAUCAUGUUAUGGGCACAAACCUCUCUUACAAAUUUUUUCCACAUUACCAUAGUUGGAUUAGAUAGUUUCAGCUGAAAAUCCUCGACCCCUCUAUCCAUCUUCUUUUCCUUAUAGAAAUGUUUUUGUUACAAGUGGUACGAAAGCAUCUUCAUUUCAUCUUCCCGUUGAACUUCAUUUCAUAACCUUCAUCACAAUAUCUCACCUUUGCAAUUAUCCUGGCGUCUUAAAAAUAUUUGAUAGCCUCUUCUUCUGAAGCUGGCAAUUCCCACAAGGUAAUAUAAUUUGAUACAUCCAUAAUUUGAUGAAUAUCACACUAAUGGAACAAAAAUAAACAAUAGAAUAACUGAGCUUACCCAAGAUAAGAAAGGUUAUGUGAUGUAACAUUAGAUAACUAGGGAAGUUUCGUCCCGACCGACUAUUUAAGGAGUACCGUUAAUAUCAUAAAUAUGAAGGCUUGUAUUUCAAAUUCUUUUAGUCUGGAUUAGUCUGGAUUUAUGAGCUUUUUAAUCUUCUUUAACUUUUGAUCUUCCUAAGCCCUCUCUUUUUUUCCCAUGGAUUUACUUGUUUUCCCUCCUCAUCUCACCAUAUACUUGAACUGACUGUCUUGUUUUGUACUGCAAACUUUUCAUGUAUAGUUCAUUCUUUCUUGCUGUUGCCUGAUAUAGUUAGUGCAACAGAAGUGAUUUAGUGGUCUUCUAAAAACCUAAGUUUCUCUCAGCUGCUGUGGUGUGUUCUUCAGAGCAUUUCUUCCAUUGUCCUUCAGAUAACUUCAUUCUUCUAAUGUGUUUUUCUUAAAAGCAGUUCUGUUACGUAAGAUAGACUUCUGCCUCCAUCACUUUGUCACCUUGUCAACUCAUGUCUUCUUAGUGAGUGUAUGUUUAUAGGAUCUGGUAAUGGAUAUUUUGUUUUAACUUGAGUAUGAUACUAAGAUUGUUGAUCUUUUUUAUAAGAAUUCAUUAGUAUUUAAAAAAAAAAAAAUGUUUGUUAUCAAGAUACUAUUCUUUUAUUAUGUUGAAGGUAGUGCUAAAAUUAUACAAUCCUCAGAAUGGAUUAUCUUAUACCUUGUGUGCGCUCCUAGCUUUUUUUUUUAUAACUUAAGUGAAUUUUUUCUUUGAGAACGAAAAAUUUGUGUAAUCUUGAUUUUUUCUGUAAAACAGUUUAAAAAAAAUAUAUACCUCAAAAAUAGUUGAAUAUGUUACAAAUGUAUAGAAUUGUUUAUUCAUAAAUUUUGUUAUUUCUCUUCUCAACUUUUGUUUUCAUUGUAUAACCUAAUAAAGAUUAAGAUGUAAAAAUAAAUGUUAUUUAUUAUCAAGAUUGUUAAUACUUAUAAGAUGAAAAGUAUAAGAAACAUCAAACAGUAAAGAUUGAAAAUGGACUAAGGUUUUUUAUACUUAUCUAAGACGUUAUCUUCACUACCUCAAUUAAUGUUAAAACCAUUACUUUUUAAACAUUUAUAUUUUAGAUAGCUCAAGGUAGUUUUUAAAAGUGUUAGGUAUUAAAACACCGCCUAAAUUGAGCAAUAUAACUUUAUAAUAAGUCUCUUGGAUUUUGAGGAUGCUGUAAAUUAUAGUUUUAUUUAAACUUUAACUUUAUCCAAAAGUAUUGUUCAACAUGCUAAAUAAAAUAAUAUGUCU